CUCCCACCACUUGACAACAACAAAGUCUCUCUCUCUUCUCUCUCUCGCCUCGACGCCCCAAACCCUAGCCAUGGCCGACCCAGCCGCUGCCGCCGCCGCCGCCGAGUUCGGGGAUCCCGAUUCGCCGCCCGCGCCGGCCGCCGAGGAGGCCGAGGCGGCUGCGGCGGUGGGGGAGGAGGCGGUCCCGGCGGCGGAGGCCGCGGCGGCGAAGAGGUGGCCCGGGUGGCCCGGGGACAGCGUGUUCAGGCUCGUGGUCCCCGUGCUCAAGGUCGGGAGCAUCAUCGGGAGGAAGGGGGAGCUCAUCAAGCGCCUCGUCGAGGAGACCAAGGCCAAGGUCCGCGUCCUCGAGGGCCCCGUCGGCGCCACCGAGCGCAUUGUUCUUGUGUCUGGGAAAGAAGACCCAGCCUUGGAGCUUCCUCCAGCUAUGGAUGCUCUCAUGAGAGUUUUUAAGCGUGUCAGUGGUAUAACAGAUGGAGCUGCUGAGGGCACACAGGCAGCUACUGCACCUGGUGUAUGUGCUGCCCGUUUGUUGGUUCCUGGAGCUCAGGCAAUUAACCUAAUUGGGAAGCAAGGUGCUUCAAUUAAGGCCAUCCAAGAGGGCACUGGUGCUACAAUACGGGUUAUAUCAAUAGAUGAGCGAGAGCGACCUUUCUAUGUAAUUGAAGAUGAAAGGAUAGUUGAGAUCCAGGGGGAAACAGAGAAAGUCCUAAAAGCACUUCAAGCAGUUUCUAAUCAUCUCCGGAAGUUUUUGGUUGACCAUAGUGUACUUCCAUUGUUUGAGAAGACUAAUGCUACAGUAACUCAAGAUCGCAGCACUGAUGCUUGGACUGAUAUAUCACAUCCUUCAAUUGUUUCUGCACAAAUAAACCAACCACCUCCUGUGGUUGAUGAAUAUAUUCUUCCAAUGAAGAGAGACCCUCUGUUUCUCGAACGGGAACCAUUGAUAGACCACAAUAUUCAUCGCUCAGGUGUUUCGCUUUAUGGGCGGGAUCCUGCCUUGUCAACAUUACGAACCUCUGGAAUACAUGGUGGUGGACCUGGUGGCCCUCUACUUUCACAGAUAACUCAAACAAUGCAAAUUCCCCUUACCUACGCUGAAGACAUAAUUGGAGUGAAAGGAGCAAAUAUUGCAUACAUACGAGCUAACAGUGGUGCAGUCGUCACAAUUCAAGAGAGUUUGGGGAGCCCUGACGAUAUUACUGUUGAAAUGAAGGGGACAUCAUCACAAGUACAAGCUGCCUAUCAACUCAUCCAGGAUUCUCUGGCGGCACAUAGGGAUUCUGUCAGGAGCAGCUAUGCAGGAUUAGAUCCAGUAUAUAGGCCAAGCUAUUCACAGUAUGGCAGCUCGACCUAUCCGUCGUCGUCAUUGCCAUCGUAUUCUAGCAUGGAUGGGGGUGGAUAUUCGUCUUCAGGUCUCGGUGGAUAUGGGUCAUCUUACCGGUACUAAGCAGUUAGUCGAUAGGCUUGUUGCCGCCCUGUAUCCAUCCCUGGGCCAUCCUUGUACUGAGCCAGCAAUAGAUGUUUUGAUGGCUUUUGUUCUUCUCGGCUGUAGUCCUGCAGAAAUCAUUGUGUCCCGGCAAAUGUUUUUGGUAUAUCUGCUUUUGUUAGUGUGACAGGGCAUGUGGUUUAUAUCUCAUCAUGGAAAGAUGCCCCUAAUUUUUCAUAGUUUAGUUGCAUUUUUUGUGAUUCUUAUGGUUGUGUGGUCUACCUGUUUGUGUUGAAAACGGAUGAGUCAAUGCACGUGUUAUGUUCAUCCAAUAUUUUCAUGCUGUAAGCAUAUGAAUGAAAAGGAAAAAAAAAGUACCGUGAAGCAUAACUGAAGCA